CGGGAGGGGUUUAAAUGAAACUUGUUUGAAACUGAUACCACGAGUGAUAUUCCACAUGCGAAGACUUGAGAAUUUGGGGUCAGCGGUGGUGGCUACCUGGCUGUAUGCCAUGAUCGCCUCCGCAGCGCUCCGACCAGGUCAGAGGCUUCCAAACGCAGACCGGAUGGAGGAGAUCAUACACCUCGGACUGUUCCCCGACAAACCCAGAAGCAUGUCCUUUUUGGACUACUUUCGUAACUUUACAGAUGUCAACGAAAACCUGACAAAGGUACUAGAAAGGCUGGAUUUCAACGUCCUGGAUUCCAAAAAUCUGGAGAACGUCAUCAUGCUUGCCGAGGAAGCCAAGAGGCUUAAAGAGUUGAAGUUGGUGGCCGAUUUAGACGCUGGGAGAAUGAAAGAGGCCACGGACGCAAGGCGGCAGCUGCAUAUAUUCAAUAAUAAGGAGCAUCCCUAUGCCUGGAAUAUAGCUGGCAGACGGAAAUUAGUCCAAUUCAUGCAGCACGCGGUGUAUUCGACGAGAUACGAGAUCAAUAAGGAACACACACUUAGAAAAAAGUAA